AUGACUUACAAACGAAAAAAACGGGCCGUUUCUCAACUACUAAAUUCCAAAUCGAUAUCGCUGCGGAAGCUGACCAUUUGUGAUGAGAUCGAUUACAUUUUAGGAAAGUUGGUGCUUGAAGUCACCGCAAACGAAGAUAUCGACCUAGCAACCUACUUGAAGUAUUUCACCUUGAGAUGUAGCGUCUUUUUGAUGUACGGUUUGCAUUUGGAUUGUUUUGGCAAGGAUCAUGCAUUGUGUGAUGAGAUUAUACGCAACGAGAGUGAAAUAAUCAGAUUGAGGUCACCCAUAUCAAACAUCGAAGAUUCAGUUACAUUGUUGAGAUAUUUUCCAAAGUUGACAAAUGCUCACAAAGCAGUCGAAUGCGGGCAAACGAGAAAUGGGUACAUGAAUGAGCUAUACGCGAGAUUUCAAGAGGGUGCGAAAGACGGCAACGACAAUAACGAUUGCACAAAUAGCUUUGUUGGCCAGCUAUUGGCUCAAAGGGGCAGCAAGCGAUUGAGCGAGGCUGAAAUCUAUAGCAUCUGUUUGACUUUUAUCAGUGCAGGUUUGGACAAUACACCGCUCAAUUUGAACUACUUGCUCGGAAUACUUUCACAGCCAGUGAUUGGGCAGAUGUAUCAGUCUAAAGCUAUCCACAACAUUCUUGACAACUGUAGUGGAGAUGUUGUAGUGGCAUGGGAACAACUGGGUGAAGCAAAUUUCGAGAAUGCCUACGUUCAUGUCUUAGUGUUGGAAACAUUGAGACAUUUUACCGUCCUUCCAUUGAGUCUCCCAAGAACAACAACAAAGCCAUUCCUACACGGUGACGUCAUAAUUCCUGCAAACACACACUUGUUCUUGAAUGCGUAUGCUGCGAACAAUGAUGAAGAGCAUUUUGAGAGUCCGCUUGAGUUUUGGCCCGAAAGGUGGCUCGACGAAAGAGGCCAAAGCAACUUUGCCGCAAAAAUAAAUCAGCAUUUCUCAUUUGGUGCUGGAUCAAGAAUGUGUUCGGGGUCUUCCUUUGCCCUUUAUGAGAUGUAUGUGUUUAUGGUCAAGUUUUUGCUACUAUUUGAGGUACAUCCCCCUGAUUCCAAAUUGAUGAUCACAGACCCUUUUGCCAAUAAUGGAAAUGGGCGUGCGACCUCAUUCGAACCACGAAGUCAUCAUGUAAAAUUGAUACGGCGACAAUUGUUGCUGCCAAACGAAGACAAGAUACGUGACGUGGCAUUGAGAAUUUAA